CUUGAAACACGACUGAUAGCACGUAGGCUCAAUUUAAGAUAAUGUGCGAGUAGUUGAAAUAAACGCACUAGUAAGGGCUGUCACGCGCUGAGAAAGAAGCGGGCGUUUCACCUAGAAAUGGCGACCAUUGUCUUUUGCUCGGUAAACAAAACGGCUCAGACUACCGCUAGACGAUGUUUGAGUUCACGUUUAAAGGGUAUUUCUAGUAACGUUACUGCGGGAGAGUGUCUGCUCUUGUCAUUCACUCACAGAACCUCUGUUCCUCUACUUCCGGGAACGAGAUGGUUUUCCAGGGGUAACAGCGUAAGGUUUAUGUCCCAUGGGACCGCAGGCAGAUCCGCAGGCGGACGAACCAGAAGGGGGGCCCUGGCUCUCAGUGGAGCCGUGGCGGUGACGGCGGCUGCGGCGGUAGCGGGGUUUUUGGCCAACGCCGGCCACUUCCAGCGUGCAGAGAUGGCAACGAAAGUCUUCCAAGCCGCCAAGAAGAAGGAACCAGAAGGAGACAUCCUGGAGAGGUGCAAGGGGUUCAUGUCUCUUCCGAUAACCGACAUCGACGUGCUGCAGGGAAGGAAAGAGGAGAUGCGUACGAGGAUGGAGAUGCUGAUCAUGGAGACACAGGCUGACUUUUGCAAAGCCCUGGAGAAGGUGGACGGUGGGACCUUCAAGGUGGAUCGAUGGGAGAGGAAGGAAGGUGGUGGAGGAAUCAGCUGUGUUAUGCAGGAUGGGAAGGUGUUUGAGAAAGCAGGGGUCAAUGUGUCAGUGGUGUUUGGGAACCUGACUGAGGAGGCUGCAAAGCAGAUGAGGAGCCGAGGGAAAGUCCUCAAAGGGAAAGAUGGCAAGCUGCCAUUUUGUGCCAUGGGAGUGAGCUCCGUUAUCCACCCAAAGAACCCCCACAUUCCCACAGUGCACUUCAACUACAGAUACUUUGAAAUUGAAGAGGCAGAUGGCACUAAGCAAUGGUGGUUUGGAGGAGGCACAGACCUGACACCAGUUUAUAUCAACAAAGAAGAUGCCUUUCACUUCCACAACACCCUGAAGGAGGCCUGCGACAAGCACCACUCGCAGUACUACCCUGACUUUAAGAAAUGGUGUGACAGAUACUUCUACAUUCGCCACAGAGAUGAGACUCGAGGAAUAGGAGGGAUCUUCUUUGAUGACCUGGACUCCCCGAGUCAGGAGGAGGUUUUCAACUUUGUCAAGAGCUGUGCUCGCACUGUAGUGCCCUGUUACCUGCCCAUUGUAUACAAGCAUCUCAAUGACUCCUUUACUGAUGAGGAGAAGAACUGGCAGCAGAUACGACGAGGCAGAUAUGUGGAGUUCAACCUGGUGUAUGACAGGGGAGUGAAGUUUGGUCUGGCCACUCCUGGUUCCAGAAUUGAGAGCAUCCUCAUGUCCCUUCCCCUCACUGCCAGGUGGGAGUACAUGCACGAGCCUGCCAAAGGUACCCGGGAGGCUGAGAUGCUGGAGGUGUUACGAAACCCCAAGGAGUGGGUGUGACCAAAGCACUCACAGGUUUACAUGCCAGUAAGAAGAACACAUCCUAGGAGACCACCUUUGUCGUAUUUCCUGAAGGUGUUACAUGUUUUGACUACAUCAGCAGCAUUUAGCGCUGCUUUCGCCUUAAUAAUAUCAAGUUGCACUGAUAUUGUGUGUCUAGAUUUAUGCUGGUACUUUUCUCUUUCCCUUCGCCAAAUCAGCUUUGUGAACACUUGAUCACAGUGGGAAUGUGAUAUUUUCUUAAUGAGACUCUGUUGUUACACAUAAUGUCUGAGCUUUGUGCCAUUGCUUACUGUCUGGAAAAUGAAACCCAACAAUGUAACUUCUCAUGUGACCAGCUUUUGGUUCAUGUGAUAGUGAUGAUGUGCUCCUCUUAAGUGUUUGAGUCAAGCAGUAAAUGACGCAAACAUUCUUUUCUUGUAUGCUUGAGCCAAAUGUGGCUUUAAUCGACUUGUCAUAGUUCUACCUGGAACACUGAAAGGGAAAAUAAACAACAAACUGAGCCACUAUGUGUGCCCCCACUUCCAGCCAGUGUUAAUAAAAUCUUCUGUGAUUUUUA